AUGACGGCAACGACGACUCCACUACUACUUCUACUACUCUCCCUGUCGACAUUGUCAUCAGUACUCGCCUUUGUGCCUCCCAAACCAGGCAGUGAUUUAGCCGAGACAUAUGAACCCGUGCACUUGUAUCGUCAACGACGCAACAUUACCUUUGACUACAAACCAACGGCGUUGCAUCCCGAGACAUGUCGCUACUUGACGGAAUUGGAAUGUCAAAAUGCCGAUGAAUCCAUGCAACGUCAUCAACAACGACAUCGCGCAUUGCAGCACAAGAUCAGUCGCGAUGGCGCAGUACGGCAGCGACGAAGAAGACGACUGUUAGAAGAAGAGCAACAGCUAAGAGGAAGUCCAGUAGUACCACAAGACGACAAUGACAGCUUACUAGAAGAGGAGGAAGAAGUGACAGAAGCAGAACUGCAAGAGUACCACAUGACCGAGUUUCGCAAGAUUCUCCAGGAACUGACGGCACACAUCGACCAGAAUACAGGACUUUGGAAUGCUCCCACUACAGAGGAAGAAAAGCUAGAGUUGGAAGAGUUUCUCAAAGAACACGAUGACACUCAUCCCGAGUAUCGCUACAACAACAACAAUAACGCCACCACCAAUCAUCGUCAAUUACAACAACAAGCCGCCGCCACGGGACAAAAUCCUCGCGUCGGUACCUUUCGCGUCUUGGUUUUACUAGUGAGAUUUACCGAUCACCAGUCGCGGCGCUUACCGGAUCGCUACGAGUAUCAAAUUCUCUGGAAUUUGCGCAUUCGACGAUGGAUCAUGCAAAACAGUUACGGCAAGUACAAUGCGUUCUUUGAUGUACAGCAUUGGCGCAAUUCGGACAAUACCGAAAACUAUUACAGUUUUGGACAAUCCGGUCGUGUCGCGCAAUUUCAAGAAGCCUAUUGGCCCAUACUGGAAUCACUCGAUAAUAAUGUUCCCAAUAGUUGGGAUUGGAGCAAAUACGAUGUCGAUGGCAAUGGAUUGUUGGACAAUCUUAUUGUACUGCAUUCCGGAUAUGCCGCCGAAGAAGGAGGACAAGAUUGUACCAAUGGAAGAGAAUAUCUCAAUCGAAUAUGGAGCCACGCCUUUUCGGACUCGAACGGAUGGCGGAACCAAGCAGGAACUUAUGGUGUCGAAGGAUACAUGAUUGCUUCGGGGCUCGAUAGGACAUGUGAUGCCAAUGUCGCCAAAAUGGGAGUCAUGACACACGAAUACCUGCAUACAUUCUAUCUCAUUGAUCUGUAUGACUACACCUUUCAAGGAAAGGGUGUGGGGAACUUUGACAUUAUGGCGUAUCCUUAUGGGUUUGGCAAUGAUGGAUACUUGCCCGUAUCCCUGUCCGUGUGGGCCAAAUUGGCCAUUGACUGGCUGUCAGGAUGUCAAGAGGUCACCAGUAGCACUUCCGUGACACUGGGACCCGCCGCACUGGCGUCCAACUGUAUCAAAAUACCCCUGCAAGAUUUUGGUGGCAUGGAGGAAUACUUUUUGGUUGAAAAUCGACAACAACUGGCAUUCGAUGUGGAAUUCUGGCAAUCGGGAGUCAUGAUCUAUCACAUUGAUGACGCUGCCAAUGAACAGUAUGAUCGAGGAUACCCAGGACAAGGGGGGUGGCCCGGGAAUGGGAAACACUACCAAGUUGCCGUCAUGCAAGCAGAUGGCAACUACGACCUGGAAAAAGGCAACAACAAUGCUGACGAGGGGGACAUGUACCUCUCGGGAAUGUCCAUUGGACCCAAUUUAGACGGUAACACCUGGCCUAAUACAGACAUGUACCAGGGUGGAUUUGUGGCACGAUCCGGACUGACGAUUGAAGUCGGCGACCUGCAGGGGGUCAACUACAAAAUCAACAUUAACUUUCAAGGUCGAAGUGGUGGAGAAGACGACAAUAACAACAACAAACCAGGAUUUCCCAGUGUCUUUUCGUCGCCCGAAAAGCCACCAGAAGAAGCACAAGGACAGUUCCGAACGCCCGACGACGAAGAUCAUCGCAUGAGUGGAAAGCUUCCACAACUGGGGUGGUAUGAAGAAGAACAACAAAAGAAGCAAGAGCAAAUGCAACAACAACAAGCAGCGGGGUCCUCCAUUGUGGUCUUGGAUGAGAUGGAGUCUUCCUCGCCAUCGCAUCGACACCGGAGUUGGAUGGCAUUCUCACUGGUCACCACGUUGGCUUGUACAGUCACGGCUUGGAUGUAG